UCAUUGCAACUCAAGAGUUCCUCUGUAUUCAGGCGACAUUGAACCCAUAAUGGGUGACCAGAACGGUCGUCUAGACUCGCCGCAGAGUCAAGAAGCCGAAAGUUCAGCCAGUCCGCCUAGCCUUGAUCGAAGUCGGGAGAAAGAAGCAAAUAGAUCAAACACGUCCAGUCCACUGUUGCACACUGAACCACUUCCACUGGAUGAUCAGUCGCAUUGUCCUUAUUGCCAUCAGGAUUUCAGAAAACCUAGAGUAUUAGACUGCCUGCAUUCGAUGUGCGAGGACUGCAUAAUAGCACAGCUGGAUGGUAGACGAGAUGCGCAAAAAGCUUCAGAUCAAGACAAACGCAAUCCUAACGACUGUGAACUGGAAACUCCCAAAUGUAAAGAGCGUCCCACACCACCAGGAGUAAUUCGUUGUCCAAUCUGCGCUCAGGAGUCGCAUGUCGGUAAUGACGUCAGAUAUGUGCACACUAUGCUGCUUGACUAUGUGCGGCUAGCAGAGAACGAAGAAGCGAUAGGAGAGCGUAGAUGUCGAGCAUGUAAAUCGGAGCAGCCCUCCAUAGCUGUCUGCAAGCAGUGUCAGUCGGAUUUGUGCUCCAAUUGUCUUACAGCUCAUGGGGUGAUGCGUAUGUUCGAGGGUCAUGAGGUCAUGACUUAUGUUGAAAUGGAGCAGCGUGGUCAGAGAGGAGAAGUACGCCCGGUACAAUGCCCAACCCAUUCGCUUCCAUAUAAAAUGUUGUGUGCUACAUGUGAAACGCUAUGCUGUAAGGUGUGCCUCGAAAUGGAGCACCUUAAUCAUAAGGUAGUGGAAGUCAACGCUAGAGUUGUUUACACCAUUCAGUCUGAAAUAGAAAAACUGGCCGAUAAAGUGGAGAAGAAGUGGCGUGAUUCAAUGGCGGAAUGGAGUGCGAUACCUGAUCGCUCCGCAAGUCUCCAUGAGCAGUAUGAAACUGCGAAAGUUCACAUAGAAAUGGCAUUUGAUGACCUUUUGAAAGCACUUGAAGAAGCUAAAUCCAACAAGCUAGCACAGCUUGAAGAAGCUCGCCAAAAACAAGAGGUUGCGAUCGAAGAUUUGUACAGAAAAAUGAAUUUGAAUGAGGCCAGAGUGAGCGACGCUCUCAGAUUUGCUCGUAAUCUGCUUUCGAAAUCCAAUGGAAUGGAACUCCUAGCUAGUCGUCGCAAAGUUGUGCAACAACUAAACAAUCUGGCACAUACAAUGCCAGCUUUGGGAAUCCAGGUUGAGCUCGAAUAUCAGCCACUAUCGAAAAAACAACUAGACACGCACAUGAAUGCUCUCUGUGGGAACGUAAUCGGCCGGAUGGUAUCAGCGAAUGUCAAAGAAACUAUCUCAGUCCAACAGCCGGUCACUGCGCAGCCUUCACAGGCUCCGUCUGACUUUGCUCAGAACAAAGCCAACGCUACAAUAUUGCCAGGUGUGGCCGCUGACUGGGGUCGCCCGCUUAGCAACGGUCAUGGAUCUUGCAACGAUCUCGGUGCAAUCGGGGUAGAGAGGAAGAAAACUAGCACUUCGUCUGCAUGGGGUUUGCCUUCAUCGCGCAUUAGUGGUCCUGGAGGUGACGCUUUUGGAUGGCCACCAAGUAGUCAUCCACCAGAUCUUCCGUCACCAUCACCACCCAUUCCGCUCAAAGAUGUUGUCCCUCCGAGUUUUACUGUGGGAGCUGCUGGAGUCAUAGGGCAGCCAGUCAGCACCAAUUCUUCCGUAGCGUCUACAGGAGGAAAUCCUUUACUCACUGGAGCAUCGAGCACAGCUUCAAUGAUAUACAAUAAUUACCAAUGGCCACCGUCUUCAAACCCUGCGCAGGCAUCAGCAGAUCUUCGUCUCUUCCCACCAAUGACCCAUCCGUCUUCGGUGGUUGGGGCGAAUCAGUUGAAGCUGGCUCAGGCUCAAGCACAAGCGGCACAGCUCCAAGCGCUCCUUCUCCAGAACAACGGACUUGGAAAUCCCAGUUUGUUGAUGGCGCGCUUGAGAUCGCUUGCUCCUGGAGUUGACCCGUUGCUCGCACUCGGAGGACUUUCGCUUGCAGGCGGUCCGGGCGAGGGAGGUGCCUUACUUGGUAGUGCUCAACGAGCUUCACCACAGGAGCUUCUUAACCCUACACGAGUGCCUGAAUUGAAGAUACAUAGUGUAUUUGGCACAAGCCAGCAAGGAAGUUCAAUGCGCGAACUACACUGCCCCUCUGGUUUUUGUUUGUCUGAGAGUGAUGACAUUUUGAUUGCGGAUACAAACAAUCAUCGUAUUGUUGUAUGCGGGCCACCACAUCCCUGGAAAAUAGGAAGACCAGGAACGGAUGAUGGUCAACUAUGUUUUCCGAGAAAAGUGAUUGCCCUGAAAGGUGAAGUCACGAGAUAUGCAGUACUUGACAAAGGCGUAGACGGUAAGACCAGGGCUCAGUUAUUCGAUCAACGAGGAGAGUUCAUCAAACGGAUCAACAUGGUCCCUCUGGUGCCGCGCGGCGGUAUUGAAGUUUCAGCCGCCUCAUGCACUACGGCUGGAUAUCUGCUUCUUGUGGACACCAGCGGAGUGGUUUACUGCAUCGAUGUUGAUGUACCGAGGGUUGUGUUUUGGUUUGAUGCCUCCACUCAUCUUGGGGAAGCUAGCGAUGUGGCAAUCUACGAGAAAAAUGUCUACAUAACCGACUUCAAACAUCACUGUGUCCAAGUAUUCAACACUGAUGGUCAGUUUAUCCGUAAACUGGGGGAACCGUCUCAGACUCCAUAUCCGAUUGGGAUUGAUGUUUCGAAGAAUGGUGAUGUCCUGGUGGCAGACACCCAUGGAAAUCAUCUUCAUGUCGUGGUGUUUGCAGCUGACGGUACUUUGCAGCAGUCCUUCACACACAAUGAAUUUAGACUAUCUCGUUGUGUCGGUCUUCGAGUGGCUGGUAGCGGCCACGUCGUCACUCUCUGCAAGCACAAUCAUACUCUUUUUGUUUUCAAACCUCUCUACAUACGUUAGAACCACCUUUGCCUUUGGAGCACCAUAAGGUGCACGUCUUCGCUGUCCAGUGGCUCUGUAAGGGUACAGCGUACACUAGCGCUAGUUCUUUUUUCUUUGCAGCGCUGUGGUAAUUGCAAUUUGCUUACAUUUUUCUACUCCAGUUCCCUGCUCCUGCAGUUGUCCUCCAAAGUGCAUGCUCCGUUCAACCUCGUUAUAUCGACGCGCCUUUUAUCAUUUGUGUGAACCCUUUUCUUUUCUUUCUCCAAAAAUUUUGAUGCCUAGUUUUGCUCAUAUUUUCUCGCUAGCGUGUCGAUCUCUCUUGUAGACGAGUUGCCCGUGUUUUUGGCGUUGCUCGGGUCAGUCAGUGAUGUUUGCGUUUGAUGUUCAUGUCGCCAUCAAGUUUAUGGAGUGUUUUAUGUGUACAUAUUAGAGAAGCUUUGACUUAGCUCGUAUUAGUGCAAUUUUUCAAUGCGCAAAGUGAAUCAAAACUUCACACGUCUUGUAUGUUUUCUUCAUUGAGUCAAAGCAGUACUACUACGCUAGUUUUUCAUACACGCUAUCUUAAGCCAUUCGUGGGCAAAAUGGCGUGUUUGGAUAUUCAUGAAGCGCUCCAUAACAAAUAUGUCUGCGCUGAGGGUGGUAUUUUGCAGUGCCAAUGAAUACGCCUUUAGCAAUAUAGUUUCUUCUAUUGCAUAUCUUCUUCAUGCACAUACAUGUUUGGUUCUACAUUUCUUUCUACAAAUUACGGUAAUCACAUAGAUUUUCUCGGUGUUUCCUUAUUUUCUGUUCCUUUUUUUCAGCUUACAUUUGCUCACCUACAGUUGCUUAGAUUGUUAUUCUUACUAGUUAUUGGAUCAGUUAGGGUAUCAUCUAUAUUUCUCCGGCGUUGUCCUUCACUUACGAUGUCUCAUCUCUCUAAAUAGGUUUUGUGUAAAUUAAUGACUUGCAUCGUGCCGCGUGUCUUGUACAGUAUGGCACUCUUCAUUUUUUUUCUUUUAGAGCGCCGAGCGCAUACUUUUCCUGGAAUGCUUGGGUUUGAGGUUUCCCUCAUUUACCAGUGUUUUUGUUCCAAUCUUCCAUCCCAUUCAAUGUCGCGCGGCUCCGUUUUGUUUCUCUCUUUUAUUCAAGGGAGGGAGCGUAAGCGUUGAUUAAAGUUUUGCUUGUGAAUUUUCGGCAUUGAUUAUGCGUCCAGUUUUUGUAACUGUAUCAGUCGUUCUGUUAAGCAUAGUUAUUGUGAUCGUUGUGUAGAGUUCCAGUUACGUUAUGAUUUGUACCAGUUAUCCGGUUUUGAUUGUAUGCUCUGUUUUCAGAUCUUUUUUAUUUGUUAAUACUUUAUCGCGUAGUCGUCUAGCCAUUGAUUCUAGCCAUAUUGGUGUGUGCGGGAUAGAUUGUUUUUCUGCAACUUUCACAUAACUUCCGAAGUUUUGAUUUCAUGAAAGGAAGUCUAUCUCUUGGUUUGGCCGUCCCUGCACGCACUAAUGUCUUCUUUCCAAUCAAUGCCUAUGCAUUCCAUACUAUGCGACUUUUGAAAAGUUAUUAAGUCUGGUGCUUGUCGUGUCUGUGUCCCUUAUCAUUACACCGCUGCAAAUCACUAUUUCUAAUCAGAGUGGUAUCAUUUCUUUCGCUGUAUCUAUCCUAUAGUCCUAUAGUGUUACCCUCGUUGCUCACAUAUAAUUACUAGAUGAUAUCAGUGGUAAUGAUUACCGAUUUUCCGCACUAGUUGUAGACUUUACUAUAAAAUGCUAUUACCUAUUUACGUGUUGCUGUAUAAUUUUCAUAUUUAAUCAGAUCUUAAUUGAGUUUAUUACGUAUAUUAUCUUAUCAUUCAUGACCAUUCAUUUUUAUGCGUCAAUGUUACAGUUUGCAGAUCAUGUGAAUGAGCAGAAAUAUGUCACAUUGAAAGCUUUCUUAGGAAUUUGCCUUUUGUAAGACUAUUACGUCAUUUACUCAAACAUAUGGGAGUUCUUCUCUUCAGUAUAACCACUUAGCCACCGCGCUCAUAUACACACUGAUUAGUUUGCAGUUGGGUUCUCGUGCUAUUUUUCAAUAAAUAUGAGUGUU